UUUAAAUGAUACUCGACUGUAUUUUGAGAAUGAAUUAUUUGAGAUUUGCGAUCACACAUGGCCUCCACAAAGAAAUCAAUUACAAACGUUAUUUAUAUAAAUAUAUUAUUGAAUACCAUGACGAUUACACAACCAUGUGGAAACAUAUUUAUAUACCUCACAUGCUCUCUUUGUGUUUGAUUUUGUGUUGUUUUGAUCUCAUGACAUGUGUUCUUUCUGCUCUACACAGAAUUUAAUGAUAACAGGAUUUCACAAUAGGGAUAUUUAGGGUUAAAUAUGAGCAGCAGGUGCUAUAUAUAAAUAUAUAAAUUAUUUUAAUAAAAAAAAGUCUGAUCCGAUCUUUGAUUUGUAGCGACAGACAGACACGCACGCGCACAGAACCCUCGCGUGUGAGAGCGAGAGAGAAAGAGGUGUUGCGUGAUCCGGGUGUCUCCAUGUUGUGGUCCGGUGCGCGAGCAGCUGUUCAGGUGUGAUGUUCGGAGGUUUAUCGCUUCUGGUUGUGUAAUCGGACGCGGAUCAGACACCGAUGUCGGGAUGGGACCUGAUAAACAGCACGACUGCCUGCGGGGUCGGUGUCUGGGAUUCCUCAGACGUCUGGAAAUCGACGCCCAGUUUCGGUACUAUUUCCAGCACCCGUGGUCUCGUGUGAUCGUGGCCUACCUGGUCAUCUUCUUCAACUUUCUGAUCUUCGCAGAAGACCCCGUGUCUCACAGCCAGACAGAAGCGCACAUGAUCGUGGUGGGAAACUGCUUUUCCUUCGUGGUGAAUAAAUAUCCGGGAGGAGGAUGGAACGUCCUCAAAGUCCUGAUGUGGAUCCUCGCCAUCAUCACGGGCCUCAUCACAGGAAAAUUCCUGUUUCAUCGACGUCUGUUUGGUCGUAUCUUACGUCUGAAGAUGUUUCGUGAAGAUCACGGUUCGUGGAUGACGAUGUUCUUCAGCACCAUUCUCUCGCUGUUCGUCUUCUCGCACAUCUACAACCUCUUUCUGCUCAUGAACGGACGGAUGGGUGCCCACAUGGUGACAGAAUACAUGGGAAUCAGAAACGAAAGUUUUAUGAAGAUUGCCGCUGUAGGAACUUGGAUGGGUGAUUUUGUGACUGCGUGGAUGGUGACAGACAUGAUGCUACAGGACACCCAUUACCCAGACUGGGGCAAAACAGUGAGGCAUUUAUGGAGGAAGGGCAACAACAGAAUCGUACUCUUCUGGACGGUGUUGAUCUCUCUGACGUCUGUGGUGGUUCUGGUCAUCAGUACGGACUGGAUCAGAUGGGAUAAUCUGAAUCGUGGGUUUCUGCCCAGCGAUGAGGUCUCCAGAGCGUUUCUUGCUUCAUUCGUCCUGGUCUUUGACCUUCUCAUCAUCAUGCAGGACUGGGAGUUCCCUCACUUCAUGGGCGAUCUAGACAUGAACCUUCCGGGCCUUUCCACCACCCAGCUGAAAAUCAAACUGCCCGUGUGCAAGCGGAUCUUUAAAGAGGAAUAUCACAUUCACAUCACGGGGAAAUGGUUUAACUAUGGCAUCCUAUUCUUGGUCCUCAUUCUGGACCUGAACAUGUGGAAGAAUCAGAUCUUCUAUAAGCCCUACGAAUACGGCCAGUACGUGGGUCCGGGACAGAAGAUCUACACCGUCGAGGACCCAGAAACCCUGCGGGACUUCAACCGCAGUACGCUGACCUGGCAGUGGCGCUCGGAGAACACAGAUCCCCGCUUCAACCAGACGUACAUCCAGAGAGACAUGUUCCUGCACAGCCGGUACGUGGGCACCAGUCUGGAUGUCAAAUGCCUGGCGUUCAUUCCGAGCCUGGCCGCGUUCGCUCUCGUCGGGUUCUUCAUUUGGCUCUUCGGUCGUUUUCAAGACUGCGAGACGUUCCCGGAGAACCAAGACAAGACCUACGAGCGCAUCAAGAGAAAGUCGCCGUCCGAUCCGGGAGCGACGCCAGAGGACGCUCACAUCACAAUGAGCAAGACGCUGAAGAGAACCGGAACACCCAUGCUGCUCCUGGUCGACACUCAUCACUUCGGCUCAUCGAGUAGCUCCAUAUCGCCGUGUUCGAACGAAACUCCGGAGACGCAGUCGGACGUGGCUGUUGAUGGCUCUGUAGACGUCAACAAAUUUACACCGCCCGAAUGUUUGAUCUUGGUCCAACGAUCCUCCAAAAACUCAGAAGGAUGUUGACUUUUGGGAUCUUUAAAACUGCACUAAAACUCCCAUGAACGUUCAUCUUUUCUAUAUUUUUAUACCAAGCUUUUCAGAGAUCCCAUUAACAUCACCAACUUUAUGAACUUUUCCACGUUCCUCGAAGCGGGUGUGUGGUGCUGACAUCUUGUGUUUUUCUACGUCUUUUUAUGUCCUGGUGCCUACACGAUAUAAUACUGUACUGAGCGCAUGGCAUGACCGUCAUGAAAUGUUACUCUUAUUUAAAGCUGUGCCUUUGAUAGAUAAAUCUACUGCUAACGCCUGGUAGAGUAAGUUUUACGGAUUCGCUAAUAUACAUACGUUUUGGUGAAACAAAUCUGCAAUAACCAGAAUUUUCAUGUGGAAAUUAUGAUUUAUAAAUAAAGUCGCUGUGAAUCAGAUUGUGCACAUAAGCAUGAGACCCAUUCGCCAAUCACAAUAUUUUAAAUGUUUGUUGGACUUAAAUCUACAUGUACUACACAACAAUAUGGCAAACCGAAUUAGCUUUUAAUCAUUCUCGUGAUAUGAAUUUUUGAUAUCAACAAUUCAAUUUUUACUAGUUAAAAUUAUCAUUCUUGAUUUGGGCAAUAGUAACAAUUACUAUUUUUGAUAUCAGUAAUUACAUUUUCACUAGUAAAAAUGUGAAUACUUGAUAUCAACAAUGACGUCAUAACUGGCAGAAAAGUGUAUUCUUGAUAUCAAAAAUUAAAUUUCAACUAGUAAAAAAAUUAAUUCUUGAUAUCUGUAGUUGCAUUUUACCUAGUAAAUUAUCACAAUAGACUGCCAUUUAAAUUCCAUUUCAGAUAUCAAUAAUUCAUUUCUUACAUGUUAAAAAUCUUAUUUCAGAUAUCAGAAAUGCAAUUCUUACUAGAAAAAUAUACAAUACCUAAAAUUACCUCUUGAGUUAUUAGAUUUGUAAAUCAAACAGACACGUUUACAUGCAUGUUCUGGAAAUUCUGAUGUGACAUUUGAAUAUAAAAGAGUCGAUUCUGUAACUACUGGAAAUAACCAUUAACAGACUAACAAAUUAACUAAAUGAAAGCUGCGUAUCAUACAUCUCAUUUCUAUCCCAGUUAUCUCUCACACACAUCAAUAAGAUAAAAUGGAAAGCAGAUGGUAACUUUUGUGUCUCAGAUAUUUAUGGUGAAAAAAAGAGUCAGAAAUGUGUCUGUCAUUAGAGUUUGUGAAGAGAAACUGAGCUCAGAUUGGUCUCGUCUGCGAUCAAAAGUCAAUAUUAUUGAAAAUCUCAAUAUCAACUCAAACAUUUCUCGUCACAUUUAUUCAAAUCAGAUGAUUUUACAUCUACAAUCUACAUUCAUUUUACUCCUCCAUAUUUGUUUCUUCCUUUAUAUUUUCUUAAGCAAUUUUUGGAGAAACAUCUGAGACUAAGUUGAUCUUGAAAUGAGACACAACUGAGACCUCCAUCAAAUCUCCUGAGCUAAGAAAGUGUGUUUCUCGAGUAGAUGUAUAUAUUCAUGUUAGUUUUAAUAUUUUGUCGUUACAUUCUGUUUGGGAUGAGCUCUCUUCAAAUGUUUGGUUGGUGAAUAUCACACCACCAUCUGUCUAAUGUCCUCAAAUAUCAAACUGUGUCAUCGAUAAAUGACCGUCUAUGAUAUGCAGGUGGUUUUGAAUGUUUUUGGUGAAAAUUAUGCGUUAAAACGCCCCAGCAAUUGGCAUCACCUUGCGGUGACCUUGUUGCCAAGCAACCCCUCACAUCCAGCCCGGUUCAGAUGUUGGUCCAGUUGAGCUGAAAGUGCCAUUCAACCGCUUUCCGGGAACGUUUGGUAGACAAACAUUAAACAUCAUUACAGGUCAUAACACCUGUGGCUUAUAAAGGCAUUUAUAUGAAAAGCUGCUGAUUUCACUCAUAAAAGACAAACUGUCAACUGCUUUCUUAGUGUUUCAAUUGCUCAUGGUUUUCUUGUCUCCAAUAGUUUGCUUGAAUUUCCCGCUGUGUGUUCAAAUCACCUUUCAAUUUCCACAAACAAUUCCAGUUUUUUGUUCAUUUUCAAGAGGGAAUCUAGGCCUCAACUUUGAUUUUUGGAUGUAAAGAAACCUCUGUUUACUGCCAGUUGUUUGAUUCUGGUAAAUCUCACCAUCUGACUGCCACCCUGUCUCUAACUCGAUCUGUGAUCCCUGCCAAAAAAUGAGACAUUGAUUUCUUUGCAGGUCAGACAGAAAUGAUAUACUGUAUAACCGAAGAAAAAUUGCUAUUGAUGAAAAUAAAG